GGCCCGAGGGGCCGGAGCUCCCGGGCAGAGUUAGAGACGCACUCCAGGAGCCUGGGUCUGCCUCCAGCGCGCAACGGCCACCCUGCAGCAUGAGCCGGCAGAGUAUCUCGCUCCGAUUCCCGCUGCUUCUCCUGCUGCUGUCGCCAUCCCCCGUCUUCUCAGCGGACCCCGGGGCGCCCGCGCCAGUGAACCCCUGCUGUUACUAUCCAUGCCAGCACCAGGGGAUCUGUGUUCGCUUCGGCCUUGACCGCUACCAAUGUGACUGUACCCGCACGGGCUAUUCCGGCCCCAACUGCACCAUCCCUGAGAUAUGGACCUGGCUCCGGACGACUUUGCGGCCCAGCCCCUCUUUCAUCCACUUUCUGCUGACGCACGGGCGCUGGCUUUGGGAUUUUGUCAAUGCCACCUUCAUCCGGGACACGCUCAUGCGUCUGGUACUCACAGUGCGUUCCAACCUUAUCCCCAGCCCUCCCACCUACAACAUAGCGCACGAUUACAUCAGCUGGGAGUCCUUCUCCAAUGUGAGUUAUUAUACUCGCAUUCUGCCCUCCGUGCCCCGAGACUGUCCCACGCCCAUGGGCACCAAAGGGAAGAAGCAAUUGCCAGAUGCGGAGUUCCUGAGCCGUCGCUUCCUGCUCAGGAGGAAGUUCAUCCCCGACCCUCAAGGCACCAACCUCAUGUUUGCCUUCUUUGCCCAACACUUCACCCAUCAGUUCUUUAAAACUUCCGGCAAGAUGGGUCCUGGCUUCACCAAGGCGCUGGGCCACGGGGUAGACCUCGGCCACAUUUAUGGAGACAAUCUGGAACGUCAGUAUCAGCUGCGGCUCUUUAAGGAUGGGAAGCUCAAGUACCAGAUGCUCAAUGGAGAGGUGUACCCGCCAUCGGUGGAAGAGGCGCCUGUGCUGAUGCACUACCCCCGGGGCAUCCCGCCCCAGAGCCAGAUGGCUGUGGGCCAGGAGGUGUUUGGGCUGCUUCCUGGGCUCAUGCUCUACGCCACGAUCUGGCUGCGUGAGCACAACCGCGUGUGUGACCUGCUGAAGGCUGAGCACCCCACCUGGGGCGACGAGCAGCUCUUCCAGACAGCCCGCCUCAUCCUCAUCGGGGAGACCAUCAAGAUUGUGAUAGAGGAGUACGUGCAGCAGCUGAGCGGCUACUUCCUGCGGCUCAAGUUCGACCCAGAGCUGCUGUUCGGGGCCCAGUUCCAGUACCGCAACCGCAUCGCCAUGGAGUUCAACCAGCUGUACCACUGGCACCCGCUCAUGCCCGACUCCUUCCGGGUGGGCCCCCAGGACUACAGCUACGAGCAGUUUCUGUUCAACACCUCCAUGCUGGUGGACUACGGGGUCGAGGCCCUGGUGGACGCCUUUUCUCGCCAGCCUGCGGGCCGGAUUGGUGGGGGUAGGAACAUAGACCACCACAUCCUGCACGUGGCCGUGGAUGUCAUCAAGGAAUCGCGGGAGCUGAGGCUGCAGCCCUUCAAUGAGUACCGCAAGAGGUUUGGCAUGAAGCCCUACACCUCUUUCCAGGAGCUCACAGGUGAGAAGGAGAUGGCAGCUGAGUUGGAGGAGCUGUAUGGAGACAUCGAUGCUUUGGAAUUCUACCCGGGGCUACUUCUUGAGAAGUGCCAUCCUAACUCCAUCUUUGGGGAGAGUAUGAUAGAAAUGGGGGCUCCUUUCUCCCUUAAGGGCCUCUUAGGAAACCCCAUCUGUUCUCCAGAGUACUGGAAGGCGAGCACAUUUGGUGGUGAGGUGGGCUUCAACCUUGUCAAGACGGCCACGCUAAAGAAGCUGGUUUGCCUCAACACCAAGACUUGUCCCUAUGUUUCCUUCCACGUGCCAGACCCCCGUCAGGAGGACAGGCCUGGGGUGGAGCGGCCACCCACAGAGCUCUGAAGAGGCCGGGCAACAGCAUUCUGGAUGGUAGAGCUUCCUGCUUGCCGUUCCAGAAUGCCAGGGGGUGGAUUGUCUUUGAUGUUGGGUUUCUGAUUUGGUGUCGAGAGCAUCAGUGUGGACGUUUAGAACUCUAGGUCUCUCACCCAUGGUCUGGAAUACUGUUUCUUGUUUGUUGUUCUAGAAUGCUGAAUUCCUGGUAAACCAUUGAGAAUGUUAGGAGUGGUUAUCCCUUCAGCAUGCCAGAACACUGGGUUCCUGGGUGACCACCUAGAAUGUCAGAUUUCUAGUUGAUCUGGAAUUUAGGCACUCUGAAAUAUGGGACUCCUGAUGGAAUCAUCUGGAAAGUGAGGGGGUUCUUAUUUUGCAUUCUAGAAUUCUGGGUGGCCCUCCAGAAUGUCGACUUUCUGACUGGUUAUCCAGAAUGUUGUGCUCCUAGUUGCUGAUCCAGAACAGUGGCUGGCAUUCUAGAUCAGUCCUGAUCCGAAUGUCUAGAGUGUUGAGAAUUCAUUUUCCUGUUCAGUGAGACAGCCACGGAGCAGGAGGAUCUCAUGUCCUACAAGAACGCAUUGCCUGGAUCUGUGCCUGCAUGGAUAGGGCAAGGAAGUGGGGUGUUCGUCUUCUCAGUGGGACCCCAGAUGAGACCUUGGAUAUGGAGAGAACAGGUGGCUUUCUCCAGGCCAUUGGUUGGAAGCCACCAGAGCUCUUUCCUCAUCCAGGUCUCAACUCACGGCAGCUGUUUUUCAUGAAGUUAAUAAAAUGCUUUUUCCAAA